CAAUGCCUCCGCCAGCGCCUUCCCGCCUCCUGGCCGUCCUCUCCGCCCGCCCCCCUCCGCCGCUCCGCCGCCUCCUGCAGCUCCACGCGCACCUCCUCACCGCCGGCCUCAUCUCCGCCCCGUCCCCACUCCCCUUCGCCUCAAGCCUCGUCGUGGCACUCGCCCACUCCGACGACCCGCGCGGCGGCCCCCGCCCGCUCCUCCACGCGCUCGCCCUCCUCGCCUCCCUGCCCUCCCCGCCCGACUACGCGCGCCCCUACAACGCCGCGCUCCGCGCCCUCUCCCUUGCCACGCACCGCGGCCUCGUCCCGCGGUGCCUCCCGCUCUACCGCUCGCUCCUCCUCUCCGCCCGCCCGGACCACCUCACCUUCCCCUUCCUGCUCAAGGCGUGCGCGUUCCUGCAGGAGCGGGGCUACGGGGACGCUGUCCUAGGGCACGUCUUCAGGCUCGGGUUCCACGCGGACGUCUUCGUGGUGAACGCCGCGGUGCACUUUCUUGCGGUGCGCGCGUCCAUGGCGGAGGCGCGCAGGCUGUUCGAUCAAAUGCCUGUGAGGGAUCUGGUGUCGUGGAACACGCUGAUUGGCGGCUAUGUGCGAAGGGGCGUACCUGGGGAGGCCUUGGAGGUGUUCUGGAGGAUGACAGAGGACGGGACGCUGGCGCCUGACGAGGUGACGAUGAUUGGGGUCGUGUCAGGGUGCGGGCAGCUGCGGGAUCUGGAGCUUGGGAAGAGACUCCAUGGAUACGUGGAGAGCAAUGGAGUGAGGUGCACUGUGAGGCUGAUGAAUGUGCUAAUGGACAUGUAUGUCAAAUGCGGCGAUUUGGAGCGGGCCAAGUCUGUGUUCGAGAGGAUUGAUCGCAAAACGGUUGUUUCAUGGACAACCAUGAUUGUUGCCUAUACAAAGUUUGGGCUGAUGGACGAUGCGAGGAGGGUGUUUGAUGAGAUGCCUGAAAGGGACGCAUUCCCGUGGAAUGCGCUGAUGGCCGGUUAUGUGCAGUGUAAGCAGGGCAAGGAGGCUCUUGGAUUGUUUCAUGAGAUGCAGGAAGCAAAGGUGAAGCCUGAUGAGAUUACCAUGGUCAAUCUUUUAUCGGCUUGCUCGCAGCUUGGAGCGCUAGAAAUGGGUAUGUGGGUUCAUCAUUACAUCGACCGACACCGGCUUUCACUUAGUGUUACACUAGGCACAAAUCUAGUUGACAUGUACGCGAAGUGUGGGAACAUUGAGAAGGCCAUCCAUGUUUUCAGAGGUUUGCCGGAGAAAAAUGCGCUCACAUGGACAGCAAUGUUAUGUGGCCUGGCAAAUCAUGGACGUGCUGAUGAGGCAAUACAAUACUUCCGGAGAAUGAUAGAGCUUGGAUUGCAGCCUGAUGAGAUUACAUUCAUAGGGGUUCUGUCUGCAUGUUGUCAUGCUGGCCUGGUUAAAGAAGGCCGCGAUUUUUUUUCCCUACUGGUCUCAAAAUAUCACCUUGAGAGGAAAAUGAAACAUUAUUCAUGUAUGAUAGACUUGCUAGGCAGAGCAGGUCAUUUAGAUGAAGCAGAACAUCUAGUAAACACCAUGCCAAUGGAGCCUGAUGCAGUAGUGUGGGGUGCUCUCUUCUUUGCUUGUAGGAUGCACAGUAAUAUUACUCUGGGUGAAAGGGCAGCAAUGAAAUUAGUAGAGCUUGACCCGAGCGACAGUGGAAUAUAUGUGCUACUGGCUAACAUGUAUGUAGAGGCAGGAAUGAAGAAGAAGGCUGAUAAAGUGAGGGUGAUGAUGAGGCACUUGGGAGUGGAAAAAGUUCCUGGAUGUAGUUGCAUCGAGCUAAAUGGGGUGGUUCAUGAAUUUAUUGUGAAGGACAAAUCACAUACAGACAGUGAUGCUAUCUAUGACUGCUUGCAUGAGAUCACGCAACAAAUAAGGCACACUGCAAACAUGAUUGACAUUUAUGCAACUGGUUGAGGCCUGCAAGAUGUGAUAUGUUUGAUUAUUUUGCGCAACUCAAUCAUCUCGUGAGUUAUGCCAGGCAAUGUGCUAAGAUAAGUAGGAUUUGCUGAUGUCCAUCAAACUUUGGGCCAUUACAUCAGCAUUAUGGCUCUUUUACAGCUUACCAGUCUAUGAAAAUAGCAAUUCCAGUGCAGAUGCUCAAGGCAGUAUCUCAAUUCAAAAGUCCUUUGAAUUCUGUUAGGCUGGUAAAGAGAGCAGGAAGCAGAUCCAUCUGUGAAGUUUUUAACUUUCACCUCCAUAUCCGGAGCACGAAACGUCGCUUGCAUCUGUUGGACCUGGACCUUCUCGGAGUGUGAUUCAAUGUCUGCUGACAGCCUAUUCCUCGGCAAAUGCCACGAAGAUUGGACGAGCUGAGGUCAAUUUGGUUAGUUCAUUACCUAAACUUCUAUAAUCGCUAGUCAAUGAAGAAACGCCAUGCCAAUUGUUCUGCAAUUGCAGCCCGUAAGGAUUGGAUAUUAAAGUAGUGUGCUUUCCAAAAUAAUAAUAUUUGAGCAGUAGUAGAUUGUAGGAUUGUAUUGUUAUUUGAGGGCUAAAGUUAUGACCUGGAGGGCAUGUCAGUAAGCUAUCCAUAUCACUACAGGUCAGACAAAGAGCAGGUCAAGUAAGUAUCUCCUUGGGAUCAAGCUCAAAUUCCGCAAGCGUUGCUCAAUGUUGCUGGUUCCGAUUCCUUCCUUUCUUGACUGAACCAAGCUUCACAUAACAGCUUCAAAUGAAUGUGAAAAUGUGAUAGAAUAAGGAGCAAGAGUCCAGUACUGGAUUUCAAAACGCUGCUUCGAAUUUCUCAAAUUUGCAAGUAAUAUCUAAUAUGUACUCACGAACUUGGCGUCAAGGAAAUGAAGGCACCGAACAUACAAGGGAUGAAAGUGGAUACAAAGGAAGAACAUGAAAAGCGUGCUAGUGCAUACCAACUCUGUGAACAAAGGUACAAUUUCCCCUAUCCUGUGGUUUGAUGGUAUGAGAUCCCAAGGCCUUUUCGCCUUGUCACUCUCCCCCUUCUCAUCGGCGAAAGAAAUAUGCUCAUUCGGAGAGAGAUUCAGCUGUUGCAAGACCUGGGCCAGAGAACAAGACAUUAUAGAUUUGCAUGUAAACAUUGCCUGAAUGCAAGUAAUUCAGAAGUUGGUGACAAACAUCUUUUGAGAAGGACGGCAUGAAAGGCUCUAGCAAACAAGCGAGAAGGUAGAAAACCGGAGUCAAAUCCCGUGCAAGUUAAAUGAUGCAGAGUAGAAAUGAAAUCAGCAAAGGAAGGAACAAGAGCUUACUUGAAGGUAAGCAUUUCCCUCACUAGAGAUGGCCAUUGCAAUCUUCAGCCCUUGUUUUAGUUUGACCUGUUAACGGCAACGUUUAUGUCACAUAAAUGCUUCAGAUCUAUGGUACUUAUUCAGAUUUAUUCACUAGUACAAUUCGGAUUUCACACAAUUCAGGUUAAUG